AGUGAAGAUGUUUGUGUUUGAGAAAACAGUUUGAAGACGUCACCUGGUCCUCUGAAAACUGUGAUGGACACUUUCCACUAUCAAUGACAGAUGGAUCAAUAAUGAAAUCAUGUGAAUGUAGAGUCCUGAUGGAAACGUCUCCAUGGUUCCAGAACAUGAAGAUAUUUUAGAGUCUGGAGCCUCAUUUUGUCCACGUUUCCUUCUUGUGUGUUUGUGUGACUCUGAGCAGAAAGUGAAAUAAAUGUCAGAGUGUGUUUCCUUGUGUUUGUUGCUCAGCAUGAGUUUGUGUGGAUGGAGCCACUGGUGGAGCUGCAGAGUUUCAGAGCUGAAGUCACUCCGUCUUUAUUGAAGCAGCAGCAUGUUGUCAUUAAUAUUAAUGAGAGCUCUUCUUCACUGCUUCUGUUGGACUGUUUGAAGCUGCAUCCUGUUGGCUUCAGCUGUUUGGAGUUUCCAUUUUCUAAACUUGGACAUUCUGAAGCUUCUUCAUCUCUGAACUCAUGAUGAAACUCUGAAUGAUUUCAAGCAGGACCUUUGUCUCCUCAACUCACAUCUUUUAUUCUUUAUUCAGAUUGGUGUACUGCAGGUUGUCAGAGAUCAGCUGUGAUUCUCUGGUCUCAGCUCUGAAGUCCAACCCCUCCCAUCUGGAACAUCUGGACCUGAGUCAGAACAACCUGCAGGAUUCAGGAGUGAAACAUCUGUGUGGUUUUCUGGAGAGUCCAGACUGCAUCCUGAAGACUCUGAGAUUGAUGAACUGCAGUUUGUCAGAGAUCAGCUGUGACUCUCUGGUCUCAGCUCUGAAGUCCAACCCCUCCCAUCUGGAACAUCUGGACCUGAGCAGGAACAAGCUGCAGGAUUCAGGAGUGAAACAUCUGUGUGGUUUUCUGGAGAGUCCAGACUGCAUCCUGAAGGAUCUGAGCUUGGAGGACUGCAGGUUGUCAGAGAUCAGCUGUGAUUCUCUGGUCUCAGCUCUGAAGUCCAACCCCUCCCAUCUGGAACAUCUGGACCUGAGAGGAAACAACCUGCAGGAUUCAUCAGUGAAACAUCUGUUAGAUCUUGUGGAGAGUCCAGACUGCAUCCUGAAGACUCUGAGCUGGAAGGGGUUGUUCUGAUCAGGACGGUGUUUGUGGUGAGAGGAUGAAGUGUGUCCUGAUGAUCCAGAGGUUGAAGCAGCAGCAGCUGGUGUGUAGAGACUCUGACUGGACCAUGUUACUGGGAGGUGGACUGGGAACCAGUGUAAAGUGUGUUGUUAUCACUGUGUAGUUUAGUGUUGCAGCUCCACACUGUGAAUGAUGGAGAACUGCAGUUAAUGUUGACAUGAAACGUUGGAGGUUGAUGUCAGGUUGCAGAGUGUGCAGUAAGUUUCAGGAUGUUUGUGUCGGUGCAGGAUUAUAUUUCAGUUGACUUUCUAUUUCCAGCUGCAGUCAAAGUUGUUGAGCUUCUCUACCUGCAACACAUUGAGCUGAUGAGAACAAAGUGUCCUGGAAACAUGUCAGCUGAAGCCUUGGAGCCCAGAGAGACUUUAAUGAAGCACAUUUUACUGGGUUUUGAUCACAUCAUGUUGAGGAGACAAACAGCUCUGAAGAUGAAUCCAGUUUAGUCCUCAAAGGUCCAGAAGCAGCUUGUUGAGCUCAGAGUUCAUAUUUAAUGUCAACAUCCUUUGACCUUUCUGAGCUCCACUAAAUGUUUCUUCUAGUUUCUCUCUUCUUCACCUUCACUCGGUUCCUCGUGUUCAGAAGCUUCCAGAUCACUGAUAUUCUUUGUUUUCUGAGCUGCUGCUUUCUUUAAAUCCCUCCAAAGAUUUUAACUGGGAUUAAAUCCAGGACUGAGACGAACCUCCAGGACUUUCCAGGAAGGAUUCCUGAAGCAGGCUUUGGUGGACGUUUGCUUUGGAUGCUGGUCCUGCUGAAAGUCCAGUGAGCUUCAGUUUCCUCACAUUGUUCUUGUAACUGUCCUGGUGUUUGAGAGAAUCCAUGCUGCUGCUCACACGCUCCAGUUUAGCAGCUUCAGAGCCACCAACAGGACUGUUGAUGCUGUUCUUCUGGUCCUUCUGCCUCCAGACGUUCUGCCCAAACAGUCCACUUUAGUCUCAUCAGUCCAUCAGACUCCCAGAACUCUGCUUUGUUCCAACAUGAAGAUCUUGUUGUUCAGUGUUGUCAGACUUUAGUUUCUGCCUUCAUCAGGUCCUGCAGCUCUUCACCAAUAAAACAGGUUUUCUACCAGCUGCUGCUGUCAAACAUCUGCUUCCUCUUGGACAGAUUUUGUCCAGUUUGAUUCAUUGACUCAGUUCAUCCACAUGAGAUUUCUCCUGGUCCUUUCUUCAAAUGAGCCAGAAAAUCUUCAAGUCUUCAUCAACACUCAGUCUCCUGGUGAACUCCAAGUAUUUUCUAUCCUCAGACUUAAUAAAGAACAAAACACCAAAGUCAGACUCCAAGUCAGUCAGAGUCAGAUGAAGUCUGAGAUUUCCUGUCAUUUCAGCUCCAUGCAGCAAACAGAGGCUGGUUCAUGAACACUGUCAAUAGUCAUGGAUAUGGGAUCCCCUAGUCAGCAAUAAGGAUGGGGUUAUGAAGGAACGGCAGCAAAAUGAGGGAGCAUUGUAUGAUAUUAUAACCUGUGAUUUAUAAUGCUAUAUGCUAUAAGCUAAUGAAUGUGAUGGAGAGCUGGUCCAGUGAUUCCUUGACGGCUGAAUAAGUUAAUUUGGGGGUCACUGGCCCUGAGGAUCGCUAACACAGACUCUGAUUCUGAGCUGAAAAUCCACAUUUUUACCCUCUGACUGAUAUCUGCCCACUUGGAGCCUCAGUUCCAGGUUUUCAGUCCUUCAUCUGUUUCUGGGGAUGUUCCAGCGUUAUCUUUUCGUUUAUCAUGACCUCAUCUUUGGUAAUGAUCCAAUCUAACAUUUUUACAAUCGUAAUCAUGAAACAUAAUCCUGAGUCAUCUUGUAAAUAAAAAUAAAGGCCUUUAUGCUUUUAAAUAAAGUUUAUCUGUAAACUUGUCAAAGU